UUUAAUUAUUCAUAAUAUUUAUGAGUAAUAUAUCUCUCGUCCAUUAUUUACGCUUCCGGUACUUUAGUUCAAACUUCGUCAGACAACCGUUAGAGAUAACGCCACAAUACAUCUCUCCCCUCCCUUGCUACCAUUUCUUCACUGUACUCUAGCAAUCUUUUGGGAGCAGGUUGGUUUUUCUUUUUUCUUUCUUAUUUCAGCCUUCUUUUUUUCCCUCCUUCCUUUCAUUCCUUUUCUCUGUUUUAACUCUUUAUUUUAUUAUAAGUUGUCAGUACAUCUUGAUAGACCUUACAUUAUCUCAAUUUUCUAUCUAACUAUUCUGUUUAAAAUAUCUUAAUUUUACUAUUUAUUUUUAUUUCUUAUAUAACUUCAUAUUCCUUUUUUCUGUUUUACAUUUUAUUCUAAGAUUACCAUUUUAGUACUUAUGUCACCUUAUUUUGAUUAUGUUUACUUCAUUAUUCCACACUUUGUAACGGUUAUUUUUAUUUAUGUAACUGUGGACCACAUCAGUUCAGGUGUGAUUCGGGAAAAUGCAUCCCAUUGCUUUGGCAUUGUGAUUCCACGCCAGACUGUGAAGACGGCUCUGAUGAACCCAAAAACUGUCCUCCAAGUGAUUGCAAAUUUGGCUACUUCCAGUGUGCCUUGACUAAAAAAUGCAUCCAAGUUGGAUGGGUCUGUGAUGGAGAAUUUGACUGUGGAUCUCAGGACAAUUCUACUGUUGAUAAGUCAGAUGAAGAUCCUAGUAAAUGUGAAAUUGCAAAAGAAUGUCCACCAAACACAUUGAGGUGUAAUUCCACUGCUGUGUGUAUAGAGGUAUCUAAGUUCUGCAAUGCUGUGCCAAACUGCCCCGGAGGAUUUGAUGAAGGGGAUUUCUGUAAUGAGUCUAACUGUCAGAAAAAAGGCUGUACCCAUGGUUGUAAGGAAACCCCAAUGGGCGCUAGAUGUUAUUGCCCUCAUGGUCAACAACCUGCCCAAGAUCACUCAGAACAGUGUACAGAUUCAGAUGAAUGCAAAAUUGAUGGCUCUUGUGAUCAGCUGUGUGAAAAUAUACAUGGUUCUUAUAAUUGUUCCUGUGUAUCUGGAUACAAGUUGGUUAACAUGACCAGGUGUAUGGCCAUAAAUUUUCCUUCUACUGAACAACCAACUCUCAUCUUCUCCACCGCAUCAGACAUUAGGAGGUCACAGUUAUCUGGGGAUCCUGCUAGUCCAACACCUGUUCUUUCACAGAAUGGUAGUCUUGCACUAACUGUUGAUCAUAGAACUAGAUCAGUGUAUUAUAUAACCAGUGAAGGACUGCUAAAAACAGUUCACCUUGAUGGCACUUCUUCUAAAACAAUAGCUGGACCAUCUUUCACUCUUAAAUCUGUUACUCAUGUAGCCCUUGAUUGGAUCUCAGGUAAUUGGUAUUUUUUGGAUGACUCUAGAGAGCUGAUAUUUGUCUGCAAUUCCAACAUGAAGCAUUGUGUUAUUGUCAUUGAUGUUUCCCUUAGUAAACCACGAGGGAUCACUCUUGACCCAACGAAAGGGUACAUGUUCUACACUAAAUGGGGUAUGAGUAAGCCACGCCUUGAGAGGGCCAACUUAGAUGGAACUGACCAAAAGACCCUUGUUGAUCAAAAGAUAGUUUAUCCUUAUGGUCUGACAGUGGAUUUUCCUCUUCAGCAUGUCUAUUGGGUUGAUACCUACCUUGAUUACAUUGAUAGAGUGGAUUAUGAUGGUAACAAUAGGAAGACUAUCAAGAAAGGAUAUCCAGUACAGAACUUAUUUGAUGUGACAUUGUUUGAAAAUAAUCUCUUUGCAACUUCGUGGAGAAAGUAUUGUAUUAUUCGGGUUAAUAAAUUUGAUCCUGGUGACUUUGAAAUUCUUCAUAACUACAGUCGUCCAUUUUCUAUACAAGUUUUUCACAGACAACGACAACCAGAGGUCACUCACCCUUGUAAAAUUUCAAAUGGAGGAUGUCAGCAUAUUUGCAUUCCAGCUUGGAAAAAUUAUGUUGCUGUUGCUAAUUGCCUUUGUGAAGCUGGUUAUAGGCUUGUAGGAAAAUCAAAAUGUAUCGCUCAUGAUACAUCAGAAUUUUUAUUGUAUGCCAAGAGUCAAUCUGGUAUGAUAAAGGGUAUUCCAUUAAGUCCAAGGUCUCGGCGAGAGGAGGUGAUUCCCCCCAUCAUGGAUCUUAUUCGACCAUCUUCCAUCAGUUACGAUGUUAAAACACAAACCAUUUAUUUUGCUGAUCAUGUUAAGAUUGGUAGACAAAGACUGGAUGGAACAAAAAGUGAGACGAUCCUUGAAGUUAACCACCCUGAAGGAAUUGUGGUUGAUUGGCUCGGUCGAAACAUAUACUGGACUCAGGAAGGAAGAAUAUCUGUGGCUAGUUUGAGCCAGCCACGUCUUGUCAAAACAUUAAUAAAUGACCCAGAUAUGCAGUUUAAAUCUAUAUGCCUGCAUGAAUCUCAAGCACUUAUGUUCUGGAGUAUGUGGAAGUCAAGACAUGGGCAGGAAGGAAGAAUCGAAUAUGCCUAUAUGGAUGGUCAGAAUCGAAAAGUUUUUCUUAAUAAGGAUAUUACAUGGCCCUCAGGAUUGACAGUUGACACCAUGAGAGGACGGCUCUAUUUUUGCGAUUCUUUCAGAGAUACGAUUGAGAGUGUUGAUAUAUUUGGUGGUCCAGAGAGUCGAAAGGUUAUUCUUUCAGGAGAAGCUUUGGCUCAUCCCUUUGGGUUGGCAUAUUUUAGCAAUACAUUAUUCUGGUCUGACUUCCAGCUUGGAAAAAUUCAAUCUUAUGAUUUAUCCAAUAAGACUACUAAGCUUCUUGGCCAUGAAAACCCUCCACUUCAUGAGGUCAGAGUUUAUGACAAGUCCAGUCAGAUGGGGAUAUCUGGAUGUUCCAAUCUAACCUGCCCACAUCUAUGUCUUCUUAAUAAUUAUACAAAAGGUAGUUGCUACUGUGCCGAUGGUUUCUCAGGUGUAGGGAAUGGGAACUGUACUCCUAUCAUGAACCAUUCGCCACCAUCUGCAUGUAGGAACAACCAAUGGCAAUGUUUAAGUGGUUUGUUUAAAUGUAUCAACAAGGCAUACUUAUGUGAUGGUGAAUCUGAUUGUUCUGAUGGUAGUGACGAAGUGGGAAAUAUAUCUGGACCUUGUUACAGGAAGCUAUGUCCAGAAGACAUGUUUCAAUGUGACAAUUAUCGUUGCCUUGAACUGAGAUGGAUUUGUGAUGGUGAAGCUGAUUGUAGUGAUCGAAAAGAUGAAGAAAACUGCAAUCUUGGUUGUGAGCCACCCUUAUUUACCUGUGCUAUAACAAAGAGGUGUAUCCCUGAAUCUUAUGUAUGUGAUUCUGAUUUUGAUUGUGGUCAUGAGGACACAUCUGAUGAACCACAAAACUGCACUCGAGCGGAUUGUUCACCCACUGAAUUUAUGUGUGCUAACUCAAGAUGCAUUUCAAUGAAUUAUGUUUGUGAUGGUGAUGAUGAUUGCAGAGAUGGGUCAGACGAGAAAAAUUGUUUGCAAUGUGAUAAAAAUUCAAAGAUGUACUGUAGUGUGACAGAAACAUGCAUAGAACCUAGCAAGCUGUGCAAUGGUGCAAAAGAUUGUCCUGAUGGUAGAGAUGAGCUAAACUGCACCAGUAUUGAUUCUGAUCCCUAUUGUCUAAAUGGCUUCCUUUGUAUCAAUGGAACCUGUCUGUCUAAGGAAGUGAAAUGCAAUAACGUUAAAGAAUGCAUCGAUGGCACUGAUGAAUUGGGGUGUAAUAAUACUUGGACAGUAGACUGUCCUGAUCCUAAGAGAACCUGUGAUAAUGGCUCAGUCUGUCUUGAACUGUUUAAACUUUGUGAUGGUAGAAAUGAUUGCCAAGAUGGUUAUGAUGAAAGUCUUCUUUGUGGUGAGGAUCAAUGUGCAAUGAUUACUGACUGUACAUUUUGUCAAAAUACUCCUGAGGGUCACAUAUGUUACUGCCCCGAUGGACAGUACUUCCAUGAAGAUACCAAAAUGUGUAAAAAAGAUCGUCCUUGUUCAGAGUGGGGAACUUGUUCUCAAAGGUGUUUAGAAGUGCAUAGAAAACCUAAGUGUUAUUGUAUUGAAGGUUACAUUCUUGAACCAGAUGGGUUCUCAUGUAAAUCAAAUGAUUCUGCCACUCCAUAUGUAAUAUUCAGUAACCGUCAUGAGCUGCGUAGUGUUGAUUUACACUCAUUAAGUGUACGUCCCCUAAUAUCAAGUCUUAAGAACACUAUAGCCUUAGAUUUUCUGCAUGAUCCCAAAGGAGCUGAUAUUAUUUUCUGGACUGAUAUUAUUGAUAACAAGAUUUAUAAAGGAUCCCUCAUCUCUGGUACUAUUGGCAAUAUAGAGGUUGUUGUUGAGACUGGCUUGUCAACAGCUGAAGGAUUAGCAGUUGACUGGAUUGGCUAUAACUUAUACUGGGUGGAAUCAAGUCUUGACCAAAUAGAGGUUGCAAGGUUGGAUGGAAAAUACCGUAGGACUCUGAUUGCUGGUGAGAUGGAAAGUCCUAGAGCAAUAGCAUUAGAUCCAAGAAAAGGGCUAUUGUUUUGGACUGAUUGGGAUGCCAAUGCUCCACGUAUUGAGAGUUGUUCAAUGGCUGGAUAUGGGAGAAAAGUUGUGGUUUAUAUUGAUCAUAUUGGCAAUGGUGCUUGGCCAAAUGGCCUGACGUUGGAUUAUGUCCUGGAACGAAUCUACUGGAUUGAUGCCCGAUCUGACUCAAUACAUACUACUACUUAUGCUGGCACAGAUCACCAUGAGGUGUUGAAAGGACAUGAAAUGACAUCGCAUCCCUUUGCUAUCACUCUAUUUGAAAACUAUGUCUUCUGGACUGAUUGGAGGUCCAGUUCUGUAAUUAGAGCUAAUAAGUGGACCGGAUCACAAGUUACAGUUCUGCAGAGGACCCUUUCUCAGCCAUUUGAUAUCAAAAUACUGCACCCAAGCAGGCAGCCUAGGGGAGUGGCAAACCUUUGUGGUAUCAAUAAUGGUAAUUGUUCUCACCUAUGUCUGUUGGAUUUCAAUUCAAUCUACAAGUGUGAUUGCCCUCACGUAAUGAAACUUGCUGACGACAAAAAGACCUGUGUUGAAAAUAAUCUUGUGAUGUUAUUCUCUCGUGCCAAUGAAAUUCGUGGAGUAGACUUGUCUGAACCUUAUUAUCACACUAUACCUACUAUAAGUAUACCUCAGGUGCAGGCCCCUGUUCAAUUGGAUUUUUUAGCUAAGAACAGAUCUAUUUAUUGGGCAGAUAGUGAGGCUAAUGUCAUUCGACGCACUAAUCUUAGUGGUGGCACUCCUGAGAGCAUUAUAGAUACAGGAAUUGAUCAUCCUACUGGUUUUGCAAUUGAUUGGAUAUCAGAGAAUAUGUUUCUAAGCUCUGUUGGUACAAAUAGAAACAAAAUUCUUGCUUGUACCCUCAAUGGAGAAUUUAUCACUACUGUAUAUACAACAGAAGAUCAUAGUAGUGCUAGUAUUUGGGAGGAUUACCAAAUAAGAUCACUUGCUGUAGAUCCUUUACGUGGAAAACUUUAUUGGGCCCAGAAGGAAAAUACAAAUACUUAUCUCAAAUCAAGUGAUAUGUCUGGUCACAAUGUUCAAGCAUUUCUGUCUUCAGAUCACAACCAUGACUUAAUAGAUACCACAAGCCUCACUGUCGAUACUGAUAAGAACAGACUUUAUUGGGUGAAUGUCAAAAGCAAGACAAUACAGUUUUAUGACAUGCAUUUGAGGAAGCUGACCAAACUACCACUAAGAGAAGACGCUGCUCCACUAUGUGCAACAUUAUUCAAUGAUCUUCUAUAUUAUGCUGCCCAGGAUACUUUGGCAAUAUAUAGCAUUGAUAAGUCGUCAGGUUCUAACUCGACUCUUAUAAGGAAUAAUACUGGCAUAGUGAUGUCAUUAAAGAUAUAUAAUCCUUCUUCUCAAAAUGGAACAAAUGCUUGUGCAAUAAAUAGGGGUAACUGUUCUCACUUAUGUUUUCCUAUAUCUACCUCUGAAAGGGUUUGUGCUUGUGCUGCUGGAUACACUAAGGAUUCCGAAGAUUCUACCAAAUGUCAUGGUAUAAAUGAACUGAUUAUUUAUUCUAUCAACUGGGAAAUGCGUGGGCUAUCAUUAGCAGAAAAUGAUACUGGUGAUCAAGUGCUUGGGCCUAUUUCAAGAGUAUCGAUGGCUGACAGCAUUGACUAUGAUGCAGCUAAUGAUUAUAUCUACUGGGCAGAUGGUGACCAUGGUACAAUCACAAGAGUCCAUCGAGAUGGUACCGGUCGUGAAGUUGUAAUUGGUCAUCAUGAACCUGUUGACUCCCUUCCUGUUGACUGGCUCACAGGAUUGGCAGUUGACUGGGUAUCAGGCAACAUAUACUGGGCUGAUCCUAAGCUCAAUGUGAUAGAAGUAGCGAAGUUGAAUGGAAGUCAUCGAUAUGUUGUUGUCCAUUCAGGACUUGAGACUGUUCAUUCUUUAGCUGUUGAUCCAGUGGCAGGGUUACUAUUUUGGUCUGACAAUGCCAAACCACCUUGGAUUGCAGCCUCUGGGUUGGAUGGUUCCAAUAUUCACCAUAUCUUCAACCUAACAGAAGGAAGUGUUGUGAAUGAUAUUACUCUCGAUUAUGAUUCAAGGAAAGUUUACUGGUGUAAUAGUGGCAGCGGAACCAUAUCUAGAAUCAACUAUGAUGGUACUACCUUAGAAAUGAUACUUUCUGAUGGUCUUAGAUCCCCAUUUGCAGUCACAUACUUCAAUAGUUCUAUCUACUGGAUUGACUUGGUAGAAGAAAAGGGGAGCAUCAAGAAAUACAACUUCAAUAGAAACAUGACUUCUAUAUUAGCAUCAGGUUUAGGGGACUCUCUUAAAGACAUGACAGUGUUUUCUAUGUCCCGUCAAAAGGGUACCAACCCAUGUGCUAAGCAUACUUGUCCUGCAUUAUGCCUUUUUAAUGGUUCCUCACCUAUUUGUGUUUGUCCUCAUGGCUAUGUUUCUGAGGAUAGAACUAAGUGCUUGGAUUAUGACAUUUUUCUUAUGUAUUCAAAAGUUAUCAAGAUUGAAUCUAUUCAUAUAACAGAUGCAAAUAAUGCUAAUGCGCCAUUCCCUACCAUUCAAGAUACAAAUCUUAUGCGUAAUGCUAUUGGUCUUGCUUAUGACUAUGAAAGAAAAACUUUAUUUUAUUCUGAUAUACAAAGGGGAUCAAUCAAUGCUGUUCACUUCAAUGGAACUAACCAUAGAGUCAUCAUUGAGAGACAAGGUAGUGUUGAAGGAAUAACUUAUGGCCCUGUAGAAAACGCUCUUUAUUGGACAUGCAACAAUGCUGCAACAAUUUACAAAGCCGAUCUUAGCAACAUAUCAGCUGGUCCUCUGACGAUUGUAAAAUUGACAUCAUCAGAUAAACCUAGAGGAAUCGCAGUUGAUCCUUGUGAUUCACGAUUGUACUGGACCAACUGGAAUUCUGCUAACCCUAGCAUCCAACGAUCUUUUACAAGUGGUUAUGGUCUUGAAUCUAUCAUAACAACUGAUAUAAGAAUGCCUAACGCGAUCACAUUAGAUCAUGGUGCUCAAAAAUUGUAUUGGGGUGAUGCACGAUUGGACAAAAUAGAGCGGGCUGAAUAUGACGGUACUAAUAGAAUAGUACUUUCUAAAGCAACACCACAGCAUCCUUUUGACAUGGCUGUUUAUGGAGAAUUCAUAUUUUGGACUGAUUGGAUUCAACAUUCGGUUAUGAGAGCAAAUAAGUACACUGGAGAAGAAGUGGUUUGGUUGCGGAGAGAUGUCCCUCGACCUAUGGGUAUCAUUGCGGUUGCAAACACUUCAUAUGAUUGUUUUUAUAAUCCAUGCAGAGUUUUGAAUGGUGAAUGUGAAGAUAUUUGCCAUCUUGAUUCAAGAGGUGUCAAGCAGUGUUCAUGUCAUCCAGGAAGAAUCCUGGUGGAUGGCAAACGCUGCAUCAACAUCACAAUGGAUUGUUCUCCUAAACAAUUUACUUGUUCAGAAGGGUCUUGCAUUCCUCAUGUACUCACUUGUGAUGGUAUCCGACAUUGUCCUGAUGGUUCAGAUGAAAAUAUUAGCUAUUGUGUAACUCGUAACUGUUUAGAAAAAGAGAUGCGCUGUUACAGUGGUCAUUGCAUUGAUAGGUCAAAAAUAUGUGAUGGAGUUGAAGAUUGUUCUUCUGGAGAGGAUGAAAAAGAUUGUCCAUGCCCUGAUUCCAGAUUCAAAUGCAAGUCAGGAGAAUGCAUCAGAAUGAUGUUUAGGUGUGAUCGGGAUCAAGAUUGUAAAGAUGCCUCAGAUGAAAUGGGAUGUCCUAUAAAAGAAUGUAGCCAAUUCUAUGGUGCUGGUGGCCCCUUUAUUCCUUGCAAUACAACAUCUGCUUGUAUCUUGCCUAGUUGGAUAUGUGAUGGCCAGAAUGACUGUCUUGAUAAUUCUGAUGAACACAACUGCACCCAUCACCAGACUACAGUAGGUCCUGUUUGUUCAUCUGAUAGAUUUAUGUGUGCGAGUGGACAAUGCAUUAAACAAUCCUGGGUUUGUGAUGGUGAAGAUGACUGUCAAGAUGGCACUGAUGAAAAAAAUUGUACUCGAGUAUGUGGACCAGAACAGUUUAAAUGCAAUUCAUCUGUAGAAUGUAUUCCUUUAACUAAUAGAUGCAAUGGUGUACUGGAUUGCACUGAUAGAUCUGAUGAACUGGAUUGUGGAUCAGUCUGUACUGGUUUUCCUUGUGGAUCUUUGUGUAUAUCCAAAAGACUAUUAUGUGAUGGAGAAAAUGAUUGCCCAGAUGGUGCUGAUGAAUCUAUUGUAACUUGCCUUGACAAAACUGGAUUCUCAUGUUCUAGUACUCAGAUAAAGUGUGCUAAUCACAAAUGUAUUGAGAAGGAAUAUUAUUGUGAUGGAGAUGAUGAUUGUGGUGACAAUUCUGAUGAACCUAAAACAUGUUCUUCAAAUGCUGAACCUUGUUCAGAGAAUAAAAUUCAUUGCGCUGAUGGUCAAUGCAUAUCAAAAGUUGAAUUAUGCAGUGGAAAAAACAAAUGUAUCAAUGAAUCCCAUGAAGCUAUCUUCGAUAAGGAAUGCAAGGACUAUUCUUGUGAAGAAAAUGGAUUAUUUAGAUGUCAAAACCAUAUUUGUAUAAGCAUGGAUCUGACCUGUGAUGGUAUUAAUGAUUGUUCUGAUUUUUCUGAUGAGGAGCUAUGUAAUAUUAAUGAAUGUGACAGUGCUACAAAUCCAUGCCAACAUAUUUGCACUGAUCUCCCUGUUGGCUUUAAAUGCUCUUGUCUACCUGGAUUUUAUCUCCAUGAUGGUACAAGAUGUGGAGAUAUUGAUGAAUGUAAUGAUGUUAAUACUUCACGUCCUUGUUCACAGAAAUGCAUUAAUAGAAUCGGAUCAUAUGAAUGUAGCUGUUAUAAUGGCUAUGAAAUAAAACCUGAUAAGCGGACUUGUAAAUUAAAUUCAACUGAUAAAGUUCAGCUAAUAUUUGCCAAUAAGUACUAUAUUCGAAGAGUGGAUUCAACUGGCCAUUCUACAACACCUAUUCUUGUUAGUAAUCUGACCAAUGCAGUUGCUCUUGAUUAUGAUUGGUUGGACGGUUGUUUUUAUUGGUCAGACGUGACUGCUCUACGAGCUUCCAUUAAUAGACUUUGUCCCAGCGAUACACAGAUACAAACUCUUCAUUCUUCAAACUUGGACAACCCUGAUGGAUUAGCUGUGGAUUGGGUUGGUAGAAACCUUUAUUGGUGUGAUAAAGAAUCAGAUACAAUAGAAGUCUCAAAACUUGAUGGAAGUUAUCGAAAAAUAUUGAUCAAAACGGGUCUUUCAGAACCUAGAGCUAUUGCCCUGUUGCCACAAGAGGGAUACUUAUUCUGGUCGGACUGGUCAGAAAAUCCACAUAUUGGAAAAGCUGGGAUGGAUGGCUCUCAACAGAGAUAUAUUAUACAAGAGGGGCUUGGCUGGCCAAAUGCACUUACCAUUGACUAUGAUGAUCAAUUAAUCUUCUGGGCUGAUGCCAGGGAGGAUUACAUAGCUUGUGCAGAUUUAGAGGGCAAAAAUAGGAGGAUUAUUUUAUCUAGGAGUAAAAUACCAUCCUUGAGUUUGCAUCAUGUGUUCGCUAUUGCAGUUUUUGAAGAUUCAAUAUACUGGACUGAUUGGGAAACCAAGUCAAUUGAAAAAUGUGAUAAGUAUGGAUUUCCUGGAAAUGGGACUGGAUGCAAGAGAUUAGUAAAUAUGAUACACAGGCCAAUGGAUCUCCGCAUUUACCAUCCUUUAAGGCAGGUAAAACUGAAAAAAAAUCCAUGUGCUCAUGGAGGUGGUUGCGACACCCUUUGUCUACUUAAACCAGGUGGUGGUAGGACUUGUGAUUGUCCUGAGAAUUAUUAUAUUGGUGGAGACCAGCAUAAGUGUGUUUCAAACUGUACAAAUGCUCAGUUUGAGUGCAAGUCUACCUAUAGAUGCAUACCCUUCUGGUGGAAAUGUGAUACUCAAAAUGAUUGUGGAGAUUUUUCUGAUGAACCCGAUGAUUGUCCAACAUUUAAAUGUGUCCCUGGCCAGCAUAUGUGCAACAGUGGAAAAUGUAUCCACCCAGGACAGGUUUGCAAUGGUGAAGACGAUUGUGGAGACAAUUCUGAUGAGAAGAAUUGUGAAAAGUAUCCCUGUCUUAAUUCCCAAUUUAAAUGUGUGGGUAAUAAUACAGUUAAGGACAAAUGUAUUCUUCGACAAAAACAAUGUGAUGGAAGAUUGGACUGCCCCUUGGGUCAAGAUGAAGAUAAUUGUCAGGAGGUUACUUGCUCUCCAGAUCAUUUUCAAUGUGGUGGUAGAAAAUGUAUCCCCCAAGUAUGGAUUUGUGAUGGAUCUGAGGACUGCCCUGAUGGUUCUGAUGAAAAACAAAUAAUGUGUGCUAACCGAACCUGUCCUACUGAUCUUUUGGCAUGCAGUUCAGGACGAUGUAUUCCACAAUCAUGGGUGUGUGAUGGAGUAGCAGACUGUCCAGAUGGGUUUGAUGAGCCUAAGUCAUGUGCUGAUACAGCAUAUACCUGUGAACCAACAUAUUUCAAGUGUCAAAACAACAAAUGUAUUCCUGGUAGAUGGAAGUGUGAUUAUGAAGAUGACUGUCAUGAUAAUUCAGAUGAGAUCAACUGUAAUCCAAGAAAUUGCAGUGAAUCAGAAUUCAUGUGUAAAGAUAAAAAAUGUAUUAGUGGCUUACAUCAGUGUGAUGGUGAACACCAUUGUGAUGAUGGAUCAGAUGAGCAGAAUUGCCCUACAAAGUGCUCUCCAGGAUCAGAAUUUGAAUGUAGAAAACCUAAGACCUGCAUUUUCAUGAAGUGGCGUUGCGAUGGCGAUGUUGACUGCCUGGAUGGGUCAGAUGAGGAAGGCUGUAAUAAGACUUGUUCAAAUGGUGAUAUUUUCUGUUCUGGUCACUGCCUCCCUAGUGCAUGGCGUUGUGAUGCUCAUGAAGACUGUCCAGAUGGACAGGAUGAGGAAGAUUGCGCAUCAUUUGUCUGCCCACCUAGCAGAUUUAGAUGCUUGAAUGACAAAUGUAUACCAAAAGUGAAUGUUUGUGAUGGAGUAAAUACUUGUGGUGAUAAUUCUGAUGAGUCGUCUGAAGCAUGUGCUGGAUUAUUAAGUUGUGAUGGCCACCGUUGUUCUUCUGGUCAUUGUAUUUCACAUUCAUUGCUAUGCGAUAGCUGGUAUGACUGCCCAGAUGGAUCUGAUGAAGAAAAUUGCCCAAACAAACCUUGUUACAACUGUCCUCAGAUCUGUGCUGUGCGGGGUGCUCAUAAAGUGGAAUGUGAAUGUGCUGAAGGAUAUACAAAGAUUAAUAACUCUACUAACUCUUGCAGAGCUAAUGGUGCUGCAGCUAGACUUUUGUAUGCUGGAGACUCAGGCAUCAGGUUUUAUGACCCGUAUAAGAGUAAUUGGCUUUCUGACAUAAAUCCUAACUCCACUGAAGACAAACCUACCUCUGUAACACAUGAUGUGGCUGCUUCUGUGGUUUAUAUCUCCUAUGGUCGUGCUAUAGUUAGGUGUGCUAUGAAUAACAAGCCAGCUGUUGGUAGAUGUCAGAAAAUUUUGGAGAAUGAUGAGGACAGUCAUGGACUUGCUUGGGAUUGGGCUGGCAAGAAUCUAUAUAUGACCCUAGGCUAUGGUGAGGAUGGUAGUAUUGCUGUUAUCAAUAAUCAGAUUAGUGACUUAGUAAAGAUAGUAACUAAAGUGAAAGAUCCAAGGGAUAUUUGUUUGCAUCCAAACAGGGGAUUGAUGUUCUGGAAUUCUGUUGGUGGUAUUUACAAGGCUGGUAUGGAUGGUACUGACCGCUCACUGUUAGUCAACGAUACUUCAUCAAGUAUAGCCUUAGACUUGGUAAAAUCUCGACUUUACUGGGCUGACCCUAGAUCUAAUGCCAUAGUAUCCAUACUCAUUGAAGGUACAGAGCGAAUUGUACACUAUAAAGGGGAGCACAACUGGAAACCUCACAAAUUGGAUAUAUUUGAAGAAUAUCUGUAUAUAUCAAUGUAUAUCAAGAAUAAAAUUGUUCGCAUUGAUAGGUGGAACAAUGAGACAGUCAUAGUAGAUAAGACAGUUGACCGCCCAAUUGCUCUGCAUAUUGUUCAAGAGCAAAAGCAGCCACAUAUUUCUGUGCACUGUCACUGCCAGAGGAGAGCACUCUGUCUCCUUGGGCCUAAGAACAUCACGUGCUUGUGCCCCCAUGGUGAUAAGGUAAAUUAA